AGCGGCGCGUGUAUGCUAACGUAACAGAGCAGAGACGGUGUAAUGGCAGACAACCAGCUCGUAGACACGGACAGAGGAAUAUGAAUUUUACAAGAAAGGCUAUGACAGAGUCAAUUGGGCACUAGCUGCCAAUUGACUCUGUCAUUCGUUAUCCUGUUUGUUCUUGGUGUAAUGUUUUCUAGCCUAGGAGAGUUGUCAGUGUCGCUGUUUGCACCCACUGUGCUAGCUCUAGGAAACCGUCUGAUCCGCUGUUCACGUUAGCUUCGCGGCAGCUAAUGUAACACACAAUCCAAGUAUUCUUUCGUUCGCUCUGUAUUACAUUUGUCAUUACAACGUUUGCGAGGGCUUUUGUAGACAUGAAGACCUGUCCCGAGCAAAAGUUUGCAAACACGGUGGAAUUCAUGCAUAAUUUGAGAUGCUAUACCAGCGGGCGUGCUCGAUUCCGCCAUUUUCCUCCUCGGCCAGCUGUUAGUGUGGGUUGCCCUGGCGACGCGCGUCCACGAGUUUCCGGGAUGGAGCUUCUGAAGGAGCACUUAAGCUGUCGCGCCAAGUCGAGAAGAAACCGCAUCCUUCUGCUCUCCACAUCACAGAGCAGCAGCUGUACUCCAGGUUGUCAUAACUCCCAGCAAAUCGUUUCCAUAGCAACGAGGUCAGAAGUUCCAAACAGAGUCAGCGUCGUCUCUUGCUUCCCUGCUAAAAUGCUUUCAGAAAAAUCCCUGGUACUCAUGAGUAACGACCUUCAACCAACAAAACAUGGUAUGAAAACAGGGUACAAUGCAGUAAAUGGCCACAUCUCCCAGAUUCCAGGACUGUCCCCAGCCAUCAGCACUCUUCCGGAGGAGAAGGCCCGAGGGCGAAGAGCAGGAGUCCUGGAGAGUGACUCUGACUAUGUAAAGCUUGCAAAACAAGGAGGGCAUAAGGGACUUUUGUGGCAUGAGGACACAAUUGCUUCUCAACCGAAUUCAUACAAACCUCCAGACUGGUUCUGCACUUCAUCAGAGGACAACAGCAAACCAAGCCUCAUUAACAGUGAAGAAAGGAAACCUCUAGAACCUCCCUUUGGGACUGACAAUAUGUCAGCCUGGGAGAGGGAUGAUAACAGCAACAACAGCAAAGAGAAGAACAACAACAUUGACUGUGGCCAGAUGAAGAAAAUGCAGUCACCCAACCAACAUCAUGAGACCAGCAAAUUCAAGAGGAUAGUAUUUGACAAGAAACCAGCUCCUGUCAACAUGUCUAAGCUGUUGAGCUUUGGUUAUGUGGAAGACAACAAACCAACAGUCAAUACUAAUGUGUCAAAUUAGAAGACUGCCAGUGCGUGGGAAACUCAAAUGCUUCCAGCAGGAAUAUUUGCCAUCCUCUCCUCUGACAACAAUAAUUUCUUUACCCUUUCAUGCUGAGCCACAUCAAAUACUUUACGUAGUUUCAAUUGUGUUGUCAUAUCAGAUGUCUUCAGUGUGAAAGUGCUCAACUGAAUUAAAGUUAGGAUCUUUUAUUUAUUGUGCCUGUUAGCUGUGCCUCAUUAACUGCAUUAAUGAGGGAAGGAAGGCACCAGUUAACUCCUGUGUUAAGUUUUUCGCAGUGUCUGUAACUCUGUAAAAGGCACCUUUCUGGAAUAAAAGUUUGAUAAUUUGAAUAAAAUUAAAAUGAUUCAAAA